CUAAGCUCAUGCGCUUGCGUGAAAAUGAAGGAGGAUGCAUACAGAGAUAUUCUAAGCAUAUAUCAUAAACCGUAACAUAUAUCAGUGCAAAUAACUUUCUCAAUUAUGUAUUGCGAAUUCGGUAUAUGGACAGUUUAUUCAGUGAUUGUCUCAACUAUUUCUAUCUCUUGUAUCUUGUGAGAAUAUGUAAGAGUCAUAAUUACUUAUUAUGCAUUUAUACACAUACAUGAAAAUACAUAUGUAUAGAUACAAAAAGUAAAUGCAAUUUCCUUAUCAUAAACAAAUAUAUGAAUAGCAGGUUCAUUACUUUGACACGAAAUAUUUAACAAAGUGCAAUGUGAUUUUCAUUAUGGAACAAGUAAUUUAUAUAAGCUGGUCAAAUAAGAUAUUAUUGAUAACGAGUAUCAUAUGCGCAAUAUUAUGUCUUAUUAUCGAACAAUGGAGCGGUCUAACACCAUUUUCAAUUUAUAUUUCAUUAAUUUGGUGUGUAAUUAUCAUUGCAGGAUCAACUUGGUGUAGUUGUUACUUAUUGAAAGUAUCUUUAAAGGCUAAUUCACCCAUAAAUUUGGAAUUUCUUAAAAAUUUAAUAUAUAAAAGAUUAGAUAUAGAAUCUACAGCAAUUUCAACACAUUCUGAUAAAAUUCAAAAUGACGUAAAAGCAAAUAAUUAUGUAAAUAAUAAUCAAAAUAAUGCAGCUAUAUAUGAACAAAAUUUUAUCAAUCUAAAUAGUAGGCUAGAUGCAUUAUUAAAUAAUACCAUUGAUAAAAUUGACGAAAAGUUCAUUCAUAGCUGGUAUAAUGUUGUAAGUGAUGAAAAAAUAUUUGUUGAUGAGUCAAAUGAGAUUUUGAAAAAACUCUUUAAAAAAAUUUAUGCAAAAAUUACUGUGAUUGAUGGAACUAAAUUGUCACAUAAAGUAGCUGACAUAUUAUUGCUACAUUUCAAAGAAUACAGACGAGCAUUACGUCGUGUUGAAAAAGAAAAAGCCAAAAAUCUUGAAGAAGCUUAUAGAUAUUCGCAUCCAGGAUCACGUAAUCCUUCGGCUUUAGAGCAUACAUUGCAUCGGCUUGUAACAAUUUUACUUAGUGAGUUUCUUCAAUGGGAAUUAAGUAGUUCAUUACCUUGUAAACUAUUGAUAUCAGUACUUGCAAAAAAAUUAUUAGUUAUUCUUCAAGAUAUUUCUAGUCCUCAUUGGAUACUUCUUCAAGUAGUUAACUUAUUAGAAUCGUCAAAAGAAAAAUUAAAAUCUGAAGAUACAAACAAUGAUAUUGUCUCACAAGGUUUGAGUACAGGGUUAACUUCAGCAACAGCAGCCGUAAUUACUCGACCUCUACCUCAAUUACCGCAAUCAGUAUCAAAUACUCCUCCAAUUGUAGAAAUCACAGUACCGAAAGAAGCCAUUAAGUCUAAAACUACUGACCGUGUUUCUUUAUGCCUCGAUGGCCUUUCAACAAUAGAUCAUAAUGGUCUAUGGAAUGAUUUAAAUGACAUACAGUUGGGUGAUGAAGACGACGAUGAUCGUAUAUCACCAGUCUAUGAAGAACCAACAGACUUUGCAACUACAAUAGCUCGACUUAGAAAUGUACUCCAAGAAAAAUCAACAACUACUAGCCCAUUACCUGUUGAAGAAAAAUUUUAUACAUUGUGUGAUAAUAAUCAAUUUGUUAAUUUAGCCAUUCCUUGGACAGAAUUUACAACAUCAGCUGAUGGGUCUCAACAACUUCUUUAUUGUAUUCAAUUUGAUGAUGUUGAACAACAUGGCGAAGAUAUGUUUGAAACAACCACAGCCACAGUGAGAAGACAAUACGCAGAUUUUGUACAAUUGCACAAAAGUUUAGAAGAAUUGCCAAAUUAUACAAUUAUUAUGUCAAAUAUUCAUUUACCAGAAGGAGGUCGUGUUGAAAUGGAAACAUAUCUAAAGACUUUGUGCUCACGAUUGUCACCUCAUACACCAACUCAAUUACGACAUUUCUUAAGACCCAGCAGUGGAGCUAGUAAAAAAGCUGAUGCUGUUGCUCCUAGGUUCGAUAGAUUCUUAGCAAAGACAGUCACUGGAGUUUUUAAUACUUUAAGAACGGUAGUACCAGGUUUUGAAAUGGAUCAAGAAGAAGACUCUGUACCUGUUUCAACACUUAUGCCUUUGUCAGAUAUACCAUGGCGAUUUGUGGAAGAUAUUAAGACAAAAAAUAUUACACAUGAGUUGCGAACAUUAAUUUCUGAUAGAAUUGACUAUUGCUCUAUCGAUACUGCUUAUGAAGCUGUAGAAUCUGUUGAAGGUAGCGGAGACACAGAAUUACUUUCACAUUGGUGGAAAACAAGAAAUACUCUGGAUGAUGAAGAAUUAGAUGAGCUUGAUAGUAAAUUAACAAUGACUUGUGCAUUUAUAGAUUUAAUUUGUGAAAUUUUAGAAGGUGUUGAAAGUAAUAACACCUUGAGACGCGAAACAGUGGUUCGAUGGACAAAAUUAUUCAUUGGAAAUAUUACUGAACCAUUAAUUCAUAAGUAUACUUCACAAUUAUUCCAACACAUUGAUAAGUUCUCUAUAUUUUCACAAUCAAUUAAUGAUGAACAAAAAGAUUCAAUAGAAGUAUUACAAAAAAAGUUAUCUAAUCUUAUAAAUUCAAAAAUUACAAUGGAUAUAAAAUUUAUUUUUGGAGAAAAUGAUAUCAAUAGAAUAAUUGAAUUCUUAAUAGGAUCUUUGCGAAUAAAAAAAAUAAAUCAUGAUUUAAUGUUACAAAUUUUAGAUAUUUUUGCAUUAGAAUUAUUAGCUGUGAGCAAAAAUGAUUUAACAGACUCUGUAACAUAAAUGUGGUGUUCAUUUAAAUUUUAUUUUAAAACAAUAUCUAAGUACCUGAUUGCACCUUUAAGGCAGAAAGACAUUUAUGCGUAUACAUAUAUUUAAUUUUAUUAUGUAUUUCUGAAAUAACGAAAUAUUUAUA